AUGGACGCUCAAGACCGCGACAUUAUGUCCGCUGACUUUGGCGACAGCCCGUGGUACUGUGAUGCCGGGACGCUUACGUGGACGAGCCGACCUCGGCUCUAUUGGAUUACCUGGGAGCUUCAGGGCAUGAAAGGGGCUUCUCUCUCUGAUGGGAGCAGCGGCGCUCCUCGGGAGGUCAGGCUUGAAGCUUACCAAGAUUUGGAGGAGGUGUGCUGUGAAGGGUGGAUCAAGGUGGAUCCCUCACGGCCAUUUCCCACCUUCACCACAGCACGCCCAAGGGCCAAGCCGGGACACAAGCCGGCAGGGAUUCACACCUGCAACUCGCAAGACUUGGAACGGUGGGUGGCAGACCGUUAUCGGUUCCCCCCCUAUCAGUACACUUCCAAGAACCUCCUGGUGAACAAGCACGAUGUCUUGCGGUUGCCCACCAUUGAAGAGAAAGAGUACAUGCUCGGCUUCCCCGUCGGGUACACUUCCAGCUGUUCUCCGAAACAGCUCCGAGGGACCACGGCUCAUGCCGACACCAGACACACUCUGGUGGGAAACACGUGGAGCGUUCCCGUUAUCGCUUGGUUCAUCAGUCAACUGUGCGGUCCUCUCGGAUUGUGCCCCCUAUACACGCCUCAGCAAAUUGUGGAUUUCCUCAACCCCGUGCACCAGACGUUCCUGCAAUCGCGUCUCUGGCGAGCGCCUGUCAGGCCACUGCGGGGACCGGCCCCUGCAGCCUCGCCAAAUCUAGUGGCACAGCUCGGGCAACUGGUGAGCGUGAAGGGUGAAGAUAUUCUCCUCACCGCCGAUCCCAAUGCCGUGGAACUCAGACAGCAGAUGAAUGAGGCUGCGGUGAAGGUGCAGGCCCUGGAGCGAGGACGCAAGGCCCGCAAGCAGGUGGCUUCUGAAGCGGGCAGUAGCAAGCACGGCUCCUCUCGAGGAGAGGAUCAGCAGCAGUCCCAGCACUUCGUUACCUCUGUCUCCGACGCCCCGGCUGUCUCCGACGCCCCGGCUGAGCCGGAAACACCCAAGACACCCAAGGUGGAGAGAAGCCACUCCGCCGAGGGAUCGGAUGACGAAGCUGGCUUCGGCGAGGAUGAGCUCUCGCCCGUGACCCCGGCCAUUACCAUCGUGCAGCCCACCGGCGGCGAAGGGGCGUCCCAUCCUCCUUCCGAGCAGCCGGGGGGCCUCAGUUUGAAAUCCAUGGAGGUUUAG